AAAAAUCGAAAUAUUUUUCUUAUCAAGUACGAUUAACAAGUAUCUUAGGAGUACCGGUUAACAAAGAUAGGCAAAUCCAAACCCAACUACUAAUAAAAAUAAUACGAUGUCCAGUGACACUCUUUUCCUUGCAAAAGCUAAAAUCGUAUGUGCAGCAUGAGCGUACAUCGUCAGCGUGGUGCAACUUGGACAUAUAAAAGAGAGGAAAUUUUACUAUUCAUCGAAUCUGAAGCCGACCACAAAUGAAAACUAUUAAGAUUCGUUUUAGAAUAAGCUUUCAAAUGUCUCUAGUUUCUGUCGUUUCUCUCCAUGUUCGGACACUUUCCCUGCCCACAUCUGUAUCGCUCCUCACUUGUUCAACCCUCCAUUGCCAAUUUGCCAACUACAUUUGAGAGAGAGAGAGAGAGAGAGCAGAGAUGGCGGGUUCGUCGCGUGCCGACAUGGUUAAAGAUCUCGGGGCGAUCCGGAUCUAUGGCGACGGCUCGGUUUACCGUCUCAAGCUCGACGAACUGGACAUCUCGGCAAUUCCCGUGAUGUGCGAGGACUCCGUCUGUUGGAAAGACUUCACAUACGACGAGCCUCGUGACCUCCUACUCCGCAUAUACAAACCUAAAUCAACCACCAGUACCUCGUCCGAUGUUCAUAAGCUUCCAAUCAUUGUCUACCUACACGGAGGCGGCUUCUGCGUCGGCUCUCGCGAAUGGCCGACCUGCCACAACGGCUGCCUCCGCCUCACCUCCAGCACCGGCGCGGUGGUUGUAGCUCCAGACUUCGGGCUGUCGCCAGAGCACCGAGUACCGGCCAUCUUCGACAACGUCAUCCGUGCGGUGCGGUGGAUUGGAGGUCGGGCCGGGGACGAGUGGCUGAGCGAAGGAGAAGGAGGUAGGGUUGAAAUUGACUUGGAGAGGGUGUUUGUGGUUGGGGAUUCUUCCGGCGGGACCGUCGCGCACCACCUGGCGGUUCGGCUCGGGUCAGGGUCGCUGAAUUUGGAUCCCAUCGAUGUCAAAGGUUACGUUAUGAUCUCGCCCUUCUUCGGCGGGGUCACCCGAACCGGAUCGGAGAAAGAUUCGACCGAGCCAUGGUUGAAUUUGGAGUUACUGGAUUGAAUGUACAAUUCGCUCAUAUCACAGCUAAAUUGCCGAGCAAGAUUUUUCGCCGAGCGCUUAGGGAGCCCAGCUUCGCAGGUUUUGGAAGCUGGCAUUGCCGGACGGCGCGACGAGGGACGACCCGUGGGCCAAUCCGUUCAACCCUUCGAGCCCGGACCUGGAGGCCUCGGCUCUCCGGCGCAUCUUGGUCAUCGCGGGCGGGAACGAGAUAAUGAAGGACAGGAUCGAGGACUACGUGAAGAGGCUCGCGGAGAUGGGGAAAGCGGUGGAAUACAGGGUGUUCGAGGGUCAAUAUCACGACUUCUUCUUGAACGAUUCGUACUCGGAAACGGGCGGCGAGGUAGCCCGAGCCAUCAAGCAUUUCAUAUUCGAAACCUGCGCGUAAUUUGGCGCAAGAUUUGUACGUUGUUCGGCCGAUGGUUUUGAGUAAAGUUCGCAUGAUUGGGUGUUCAUUUCCAACUUCCCUCGUUUAGUUAUUGAUUAAGGGAUUAAGUAGAUGAAAUUAAAUCGGGCGCAAGACUCGCCUUCUUCU